UGACGGAGGAAUAGGCAGGAAGGUCGGAAGAAGCAAGAAUUUUGCUGGUAUUUACCACCCCGUGUACAUCCUGUGGAGUACGAUUUUGAAACUCUGUUUCUUGCAGAAUUAAGGACGUACACUGAGGCAAGAUGUGAUCAAUAUGUGGCUCAAACUUGAGUGGGAUCUCAGAAAAUCUUCCCAAAUAUCUGUUUCUAAAAAUUGCAAAAUUUGUACAUCAUUUUUGUACUAGAAUACAGACCCAGAAUGCACUCCUCACGGCCCUCCAUUCCCCCACGGACACGUCGAUUUGACAGUGGAAGACGUCCAGAAGUGAAACCACCCAGCCAUCCAGUCAGGAAGGAUGACAAAAAUGUGAGAAGCAUUUCUGCAUCCCCUCGUCGUACCACAAGACCGCCCCCUGAGUCUUCUAGGUUAAAGAGCAUAGGUCUGAGUGCACGAUCCACAGUGACUCAGAACAAAACACUUCGACAGCAGAAGACGUCUACCCCCACCGUACAAAGAAACUUUAAGGGUGGAUCUAAGGGUGGACAUGUGGCAUCAAAAUUGGGCCCUGCUAUUGUGGAUCCAAACUGCAAUGAACCAAGCCUGCCUUGCCUGUGUUGUGAUGACCACCCAACUCAGGACAGCAACAGCUUAUUUAAUCACAACCAUAACAAUAAUAACACUGUGAAUAUCAGGCAGCAGCUCAAGCUUCUUCCACCACCUCUGGAGAACAAGGAAUCUGAGAAACCAGAUAUUGAGAAAGCUGAAUGUAAGCCAGAAGAGGUGCAGCCUGUGGCUAGUCCUGUAGAUAAACACAUAGAGGAGAAAAAGGAAGAGGAAAAUGGAAAUAUGGAUGAAAUUAAAGAAGCUGUUCACAAGGAUGAUGACAUUGUGGCUAAUGUGGGUGUAAAAGUAGAUGAGAAUGGAAAUGGGAAUCAUCAAGAUGUAAAUGUCGAUAAUGAUGAUGACAAUGAUGAUGAUGACGACGAUGAUGAUGAUGAAGAAGAUGACAACACACUUGUACCUACUUGCUGCGAUUGCCCAGCAUCAAUGUUGGACUUCUCUCUCACAUCUUCUACCUCAUCUUCAUCCACCUCUAACAGCAGCUGCUCAGAUUUGGAUUCUGAUUGCCCUGAUACAUUUUCAGUGUCUCUGCAGGAAGAUGAAGAAGAAGAAGAACCCAGUGAGCAUUAUUCUUCUUCUCAUCCCCCAGCAUCCCACUCUACUGUUUUUCCUUACUGUUCUCUACCUGCUUCACUGGACCUCAGCACCUCCGUAAGAUCACCAUCUCCAUGCUCCCCUGAUGAGGGAUAUCCUUCAGCUCCACCAUCCCCUUCUUCAGGAUUGACAGAGGCCAAGUCAUCUAAAAAGGAAAAAGGCGUUAAAGUAGAUGUUUUGAACUUUUUGGACUCUGUUGAUGAAUUAGGCAAAGUUGAUCAUUUUUAUCGAAUUGUUCAGAUCGCACAAUGGGAGCUCAAGGAUGACUUGGAUUUAAGAUUUAGACUUGUGCACCAGGAAAGGCUUGAAAAAGUCAACAAGCAGGUGAGACUUCUGCACCUGGAAAGACUGCAGGAAGGUGGAUUAGACUUUUCUGAUGAGGAUAUUUCUGGUGUUCUUGAUGAAAUGGGAAAUAUUGAUAUUUCUUGGAAACUUUAUAAAAGUGAUAGAUCGUGUGAUUCCCAUGAAUACAGUGAUGCAGGAGUAGACAUGACAGCCCCAUCUGACCUGGAUGAACCUCCAAUACCAGAUUCCCUUGCACCAUCACCUGUGAAUCCUCCUCCCCGUCCACCCAAGCCUCCAGCAAGACAUGUCAGUGCCCGACCAGAAAUGCACACAUACAUGAACAUCAGUGGGAGUACACCUUCAGUUUCCUCUGCCUCCUCCCCAGUUAAAACCUUCAGUCUCUCAGUUUCCCAAUCUUCAUCACAGAUUUCAUCUUCACUGUCAAAACCCCCAGUGUUGCCUCCACCACCAUCACAGCCAGUACCAUAUUUCACACUUUAUACUGAUUCACCUUCACUCUCUUCACCCACUCCACCCAUUCCACCGCCCAGAAGGCGACAUAAAGCCCGUCUAGAAGCUCUAAGGCUAGCUGAGCUUGAGAGGCAGAAAACACCUCAGUCUCUUCCUGCUCCAACCUCCAGACCUCCACCUCUCCCACCUCCACCAGCUUUGCCAUCUCCUCCUGCCAUUCCACCACCUCCGUUACUUCCACCUCCUCCAUCAUUUCAUGCCCUGGAUGUGGAGAUACGUAAGCUGCUGGCACUGGCAGGGAUCACCCAGGCUGAGUUACUAAGGCUUAGCCCUGAGUUGGGGGUUUGUGUUGAUGGGGUAUUGGAAGAAGAACAGGCACCUGACACUUUGACCAGCAAAGAUGCUAGUGUUGGUGAGACAUGCAAAGAAAAAGGAGAGGAUGUGAAAAGGGCUGGAAAAUGUACUUGGAGGGACCUGAGAGAGGACAGUAUGCCUGGCAACGAAGAACCAUUCAUAGAUGAACAGAAAGAAGAAUGCAAGGACACUUUUAGGACAACAUCAUUCACAGAGAUGGCCAGGCGGCGCAAGCAGAAUGAAGUUAAUAGUAACUCUAGCUGCAGUUGUGGUUUCAGCGAUAAUGCCUCCGUGACGACUGACUCAUAUUACAGCACAUCCUUUAGCAACAAACAGUACACUAAUUCUAGUUUUGGCAAUUUUGAUUAUGCCUCAGUGAUUCCUGAUUCCCCUCCUCCCCCUCCACCUCCACGACCUUUACCUCCACGUCCAAAAAUAUUGCCUAAACCACCAGAACUUCCUCCUGUAAAGCCAUGUGCUAUACCUGCCAAUUCAUCUCGUCCAGAUAGAUUUGAUUGGUUGAUUGCCUUUACACCAGACACAGAGACGCCACCCCUAGAAAUGAGAAAAGCAUCUAUAAAUGCAGCGACCCAAAAGUCCAGCUCUGUUUCAAGAGUCACUACAUUUAAAGAACUGCGUAACAGAGGCAAGCAGGCUUCCUUACUAACUCAAAUCCAAGCUGAACCUGAACCAAGUGUCAUUACUCCCGAUCCUGAUAUCUUGUAUAAUCUUAAGUGGAGGAGAGAGAAGGCUGAUGGGGAUGGCACCCAGUGGGAGUACACGUCCCAAGCACAGGCCACCUUUCUCCAGCCGCCACCCACACCUGCCUCAUUGUCUCUAUUUAGGGAGAUGCGCCACGUGAAUGUUCAGGCAGACACCACUCUGGAGUCUGACCCCAUGCAACCAAAUAGUGGCUUAGUCAAUAAAAGCGAUCAGUAUAAAUUUAUUGAUGAUAGACACAAAGAGCAUUACAAGACAAAGGAUGGAGACAUGGUGAAGACAGAGGUCAGAGGACUGGCAGAUGGAGGACAAACAUGGGAAGCAAGAACAAGACUAUCCUCACCUCCCUUGUCUUUAGCCUUGCCUAGCACUUUGGCCUCACCCUAUUAUCUGCACUCCAGCUCUCCAUCCCAAGCACCUCUGUUUUAUCGUUCAGACUUUUAUAGGAAUCAGUCAAAAGUUCAGCCUCAUCAGGAGCAUCCCAGAGACCGUUUGUGUCAUUUAAAUCCAACUUCUGUCUCUGUUAAGGAUUGCAUUGACUCUCUCUUUUGCCCCGAAUCAAAAAAACAUUCAGAUCAUUUCUGUAAUCAUGAAAAUUCUUCCAGGGGCUUUGGUUAUAGCAACUCAGAUAGCCUUAUGGAUUCUUUAUAUCAGAAUUCUGAUACCAAGGAAAACAAGAGGUCCUACUAUCAAAGAGAGUCUGUUAGCAACUAUGGGUCAUUGUAUGAUAACCAUUUGGAUUCAAGCAGUAAUGUAGAUUCACUCUACUACGGUGACAAAUACAGGAUAAAAAACUUGACUGACAAGCCUUCUACAAACUCAUACGCUGAAGGCAAUACAACACCAUACAAAAAUAUUGAAAUGAUACACUAUGUUAAUGCUCAAAAGCUCAACAAACUGAAUGAUGGUACCAAAGACACCGAGAAAGAUGUUGAUUCCAUGUUCAAGUUUGAGGAGGAGAGCAGUGUCCCAGGUUCAGUAAAUACAUUUAAUGAACAGAAAAUCUUGGAAGACAAAUCCCAUGUCUCGCACUUCCCUACCCUGUACCUCUAUCAUCCCAAAAAUUGUCCUAUGCAUAAAGGGGCUCCCCCACGCUUGUCCCCUGUAGGAGCAAUUUCUCCCCCUUAUAGGGCUGGGCCUCCGUCUCCAGGCGCCAGCAUGUCACGUCUCUGUUCGCCCCUAUUCCCUCGCAGUCACACGCUACCUGCUCUUGCUGCCCCGCUCUAUUACCCCUACCUGUACGCCCCCCAAGCUCCGGCUCCUCUCAGGGAGCCACUGGCCCCAAAACUCCAAUCUAAGCUGAAUGCAUCAUCGCUCUCGCUGACUCCGCGCAGCCUGUCCUAUGCUGGUUCUGCUACAAAAGCAGAAGCCUGGAUGGGCGACGAUGAGAAGCCCCCACUUAUAGGUGGUGGACUGUCCCCUCUUUGCCUGCAGGAAAAACGAGCUCUCAUCAGUGCAGUCAAUGUGGCGGUGGAGGCCAUUCUGGCCCAGUUCAGCUCUUCUAGGACUCUUGUGCAGAAGACUCACUCAGUAGACAAGGCCCUGUCUGGAGACAGCAGUGUAAACCCUGCUCUAGGCCGGCUGGUGUUGCAGUGCCUUUGCCCGGCCUUGCACAGCCUCCUCUGUGACGGACUCAAGCCCCAUCAGAGUGAUCUCAUCACAGGCAGGAGGCCAAAUUCACCCUGGGGAUUAGUUCAGGCCUCCACCAAACCAGGCCCAAACACCCAGGCUUUGUACAGCUUACAGGCUAAAGUAGCUGCCCUUCCACAGCUCAAGCAAAGCCGGCACAGGUUUAAUGCCUUUCUGCUCGGCCUUCUCAAUAUCAAGCGCCUUGAUUACUGGCUUUCCCACUUACAAACCUGCCACGAUGUCCUGGAAACAUAUUACUGGCCAACAUCCUUUAUGCGCCUUUCAGGCACAUUUUGCCAGCAUCUCUUUGAAGAGCUUCUCCUAAUGCUGCAGCCGCUCUCACUCCUGACCUUCAACCUCGACCUGCUGUUCCAGCACCACCACUUUGACCCAUUGUCCCCUGCACUCAGCCCUCCCAGUCGUAGCUCCCAGUCAUCCAGUCCAGACCAGCCUCAGAGCAAUGACCAACAACUGAGAAAUGUUUCCAAACAAGGUGUUACUGAACCCAAAGCAGCAAGCCACAGUUCAAGUCCCACAAGCACAUUGGAUUCGGGCCCCACUUACUGCAGGCCAAUAUCAGGGCUCGGUAAAGGACAGACAAGUCCACAACUGCAAUGGCUGCAGGAGAAGGAGAUAAUAGCACCACCCAGUAUCUGGAGUGGGAAUGGCUUCAGCCAGCAGGCAGGUCAGGCUCUUCAGCAAGGCUGGGGAGCUGUAAUACGUUGGGGUGAGCGUUUAGGGCAGAACCUGAGUGGUUUGACCUCCACAGGUUUGUCAGAGGAGGCAAAAGGUCAACCCAUAUCAGAUCUGAAUGCACACUCCAGUUCUGAUUGUCCAAGAAGCCCGGGCCAGGAGCUUCUGACACCUGAUGGUGGAACAGUUUCUUGGGGUUUAGGCAGACUCUUUGGAGCAUCUAAAAGCCCCAACAACCCACCAACCAAACAUCGUCCGUCUCACUGGCUGCACCCUGGUAUAACAGUUCUUUCCCGCAUAUCAAGCACAGGCCAGGCCUUUUUGCCUGAGAAGAUUGAGCCUGAAAGGACUGGAGAGAGGGAGAACAGCAAAAAUGAUGAAAGUAAAGGAAGUGGUGAUCAGCCUAAACCUUUAAGGGCGGUCCGAACUCUGUGUGAUCACAAAGGGACUGGAGCAGAGCUGAGCUUCCGGAAGGGGGAGGAGCUCUUUCUCCUUGGAGGAGUGGACCAAGACUGGAUCCGUUGUCGCCAAGGAGACAAGGAAGGCCUUGUUCCUAUUGGUUAUGCAUCACUUAUCAUGUGAUUCCUCCUUGGAUGAUCGUGUGAGUUGAAGUGAAGUGAAUAUGUAUCAUGGAUUAUAAUGUUAAAAAUAGAAAGGUGUAAACAUUGAUAUUUAGUUCAUAUCCUAAGUCCUAUAAUAUAUUUAUAAGGGGCUGUGCAGAAAUGCUCAGCUCUGUUGCCUGGAUGUGUUACUUGUUUCGUGUUUUUCUCUAGCAUUCAUCUAAACAUAUAUAAUAUUGUAUAAAUGCUACAUUUACACAAAUAUCUAAUUAAUCAAAUUCAAAUCAUAAAUUUAACCAUGAUAGAUAGGCAGAUAGACAUGAACAUGUCAUCCAUGUCCAUGAUAAAAUAGAUCUUCAUCUUAAGUUAUGAAAUUUCAUAUCCAUAGUAUACAGCUUAUUUCAAAUAACAAGCUUGCUAAUCCAUUUCAACAGAGAAGAAAGCAUCUAUACUGUAUAUGUAUCAAUUUGUGUGGUUAACCAGAAUUACAGCUGCUUUUGCAUUUCAGAUGUAUAUCAGUAAAUGAUCUCCUUGCACGCUACCUGAGUAUUUGUUUUUGCACCACUGUUAAUCAUGUAGAUUUCAAGUUCUUCAGGCAAUUCAUCAUUGAAUACCAAACAGGCUAAAAGUGGUUACUGUACGGAUUUUCAGACAUGGGUUAAGUCUAGACCAAAAUAGAUUUUUAGUCAGUAAUCACACUAUUUAAUAGGCUAGAUUUUAAUCUGUGCCUGGAAAACAGAUGUAUGUAUUCAUAUUUUUGCAAUGAUGUCUUAUCAACCUGUCACUAUAUAAAAGCCUGACAAUAUAAAACUACUACUACUACAAUUGAUGUCGCCGCCCUCACUAGUGACUGUCAAGUACUUUAGCGUGGUAGUACACUGAUCAUUUUAAGUUCUUAUUUAUAUUCCUACAAUUUGCUAACUAGUGUGAUUAGAAAGUUUUAUCACAGACUAUGCAUAUAUCGUACUGUACUAUUCACGAAACCCAUCACUGAAGUUAAUUCUGCAGUAUAUGUUUGAUAGCAUUGCUGAUUAUUUCAAAUUGGUAAUCCAUGUGCGAAUGCCUUGAAUGGAGUUGCAUGAACAUAUAUCGAAGUAAAUAGCAUAUUUAUCAGUCUCAGAAGCAAGAUGGCGUUGUUGUACGUAAGUUGGCGGCUCUUAGGUAUUAGAGUGUUCUGCGUUAGAGUCUGAGAUAAACUGCUUACCUGUAAGUAGAGAUUAAGUGUAAAGGUAAGCAUAUCAGAUGAGCUGAGUACAGCAAGCAUGGUGAUGAGGCGAGCAGAGGGACCCCAGUGAAAAUGAGUUGCUUCCACACUGGCUGAUGCAUUGAGCACUGCUGAUUGAUGGCGUUCCCUCGCCAUCUGUGCCUGCACUGACAUGCCAGUUUGCAUGGAUCGCAGCUUCAUCUCUUUAACCCACACCAACAAAUGCUCACUAUCACUGUGCCAGUUUAAAGCAGCAAAGCCAUGGGCUACACGCAUCACCAACCUCAUAGAAAACCGCAGAGUAUUUACACCACCGCCAGACACCUGUGUGAAUGUGUAACGUAAACUUGUUCCACCUUUUGCCAAGCCUCCAUUAUGUACGCUUUUCAGCAGACCAGCUCAUCUCAUCAACAAAAUAUGAUUGAUUUAUUUCAGAAAAGGUCCCUUUGCAUUUCUGCACUUGAUUACAUUUAACGUCUUAGGGUUAAAUAUGCAGUUUAAUAGGUUAAGCUAUACAGAAUAACAGCUUAGACGUGAGUAUCAUUGAUGUUGUGUUGUUACCGCUUAUGAUCAAUCAAUUCAAGCCUAGAUUUUGUUUAGUGAAAAUCCAUAUUUUAUUUCAUUCUUACCUCAAAGGCAAGCUUUCAGUGAUGUAUGGAACGUUUCAGGAAUUUCAGGAAUUGUUGUUUUUUAACUUAUUUAAUUUUUUUUUUAAGUAGUAUAUUUAACAUUAUGUGAUGACACCUUGGUUUGGUGGAAAAACUAGAUGUACUGGAUAGUAUUGUGGUAUUGUUUUUAUUCUUGAUGAUUUGGCUGCUGUAUCUUUUUUUUUGUCUAUCUAUCUAUCUAUCUAUCUAUCUACCGUGGUGUGUAAGUGCGUAUAUACUGUAUGCGUGUGUAUGCCUUAGUGUGGCAGUGGGUUGCAUAGCUGUGUGUGGUAUAGCCCGCCGCUGGUAGCAUACUUCAGAUACAUAGUAGCCUGUACCCUGUACCCUGUUCGAAUAAUGUCAUUCAGUAGUCAACCAACUGCUUGCAUGUGGGUGUUUGUAAAUAUACCCAAAUAAAUGAUUAAAAAA